AGGGGAGGGUCAGCCCGCUGAGAGUCUCAGCAGCAGCAGCUUCACGGACAAACACCGCCAGCGGAACAAAUGACAAAUAAAAUUACACUUUCAUGUGGAUUAACUCCCGGGUGACGUUUUUAGUCGAAGACAGAAGCUGACCGAGGGUAAACGGGACGGUUGACGAGGAUUGGGACCUUCCGUGAGGCGCCGCAAGGUUGCUGGCUGAAGGGACCCGCUGAUGAUGCUCGGCCUCUGCUCUGCACAAACCCAGACCUCCGACCCUUAGAGGAAGCAGCUGUGCCAGCAUGUCCUCUCACCCUCAGUCUGUGCCACCAGGACGGAGGACUGUGGACACUCGGCACCUGCCAAACCCUGCCACCCUCCCGCUGCAGCUGCAGCGGGUGCAUACGGAAGUGGGACUGGUUGAUUACCACCCUCAUGCCAGGGACUACAGUUCCCAUUUGGCCCAGCCCCAUCGGCGUCGACCUUCUUUGCUUUCUGAGUUCCAACCUGGGAACGAGAGAGCUCAAGAGCAGCAUAUCCGCUAUGAGCACAUCUACUUACCCGAACCCAGCGCCCCCUCAGAGCUGGAGUAUGCCGACGUCAAACGGCCACGUUUGGACAUGGGGUCCGAGUCCCUGAUGAGGCACGCCUCCCACCGUCUGCCACUGCCUCUGGGAGGUCCCGAGGACGUGCCAAAGGAGCGUCUCAGUUCAAUGGGAAAACUGGAGCCAAUCUCCCCUGUGAGCCCAGUCCAUAUGGACCCCGACCUGGAUCUGGUGCAGGCUCGCUUCUCUAAAGAGGAGCUGAUCCAGAACAUGGACCGCGUGGACAGAGAAAUCACCAUGGUGGAGCAGCAGAUCUGCAAGCUACGCAAGAAACAGCAACAGCUGGAAAAGGAGGCAGCUAAGCCCCAUGAACUGGAUCGGCCCAUCUCGCCUCCACCCAGCGAGGCCAAACAUCGCAGCCUGGUUCAGAUCAUCUACGAUGAAAACAGGAAAAAGGCAGAAGAGGCUCAUCGGAUCCUGGAGGGACUGGGGCCCCGGGUGGAACUGCCUCUGUAUAACCAGCCUUCAGACACCAAGCAGUACCAUGAGAACAUCAAAAUAAAUCAGGCGAUGAGAAAGAAGCUCAUCUUAUACUUCAAGAGAAGGAAUCACGCUCGUAAGCAGUGGGAGCAGAGGUUUUGCCAGCGCUAUGACCAGCUGAUGGAAGCCUGGGAAAAGAAGGUGGAGCGCAUUGAAAACAACCCACGCCGCCGUGCCAAGGAGAGUAAGGUGCGUGAGUAUUACGAGAAGCAGUUCCCAGAGAUCCGCAAGCAGAGGGAACUGCAGGAGCGCAUGCAGAGCCGUGUGGGGCAGCGUGGAGGUGGUCUGACCUCAUCGGCAGCUCGCAGUGAACAUGAAGUGUCUGAGAUCAUCGAUGGCCUGUCAGAACAUGAGAACACGGAGAAGCAGAUGCGGCAGCUGGCAGUCAUCCCUCCAAUGCUCUUUGAUGCUGAACAGCAGCGCAUCAAGUUUAUUAACAUGAACGGACUGAUGGACGACCCCAUGAAGGUGUACAAGGACCGGCAGGUCAUGAACAUGUGGAGUGAACAGGAGAAGGACACUUUCAGAGAGAAGUAA